AUGGAGCGUGCGAUUACGGGUCGAAAAAUUGCCAUUGUCGGGGCCAGUGGCCAUCUUGGCAAGCCGACUCUCAAGGCACUACUAUCCAAAGGUGUUCAUACCAUCACCGCAAUUCAGCGCAACGAGUCAACAAGCAACUUUCCAUCGGAAGUACUUGUGAAGAGAGGAUCAUUUGAGGAUGAGUCUUUCCUUGUGGACGCUCUCCGGGGUCAAGAUGCGGUCGUCGUAAUUGUCCCGAUUCCUAAUAUGGAUCUUGGAGACCUAUUUGUACGCGCAGCUGCCAAGGCGGGAGUUCCAUAUAUCCUGCCAACAGAGUUUGGUGUUGAUGCUCCAGAAGUUGAGAAUGAGCAUUCUAUGAUGGCACCAAAAGUAGCGAGACGCAGACUCGUUGAAGAGCUGGGAGUGAGCAGCUGGAUUGCAGUGAUAGUCAACUUUUGGCUGGAUGUGAACAUUCAGAUCGGUCUCUGGGGCAUCGACGUUAAAGACCGAAAGGUGGAAUUGUUUAAGAACGCUGAGGCUAAAGUUUCGACGACGACUGUCUCUCGGUCUGGAGAGGUCAUUGCUGCACUUCUCAGCCUGCCAGAGACAGAGUUGGCUCAGUACAAAAACAAAUCUUACUAUUAUUCAUCUUUUGAGCUCUCGCAGCGAGAUAUCUUUGAAGCUGUUAAGCGGGCCACGGGAACACAGGACGCAGACUGGGAUAUUAGAGAGAGGGAUGCUGCACAGGUGAUUGCAGAAGCUGAGCCGAAGAUACGACAAGGUGAUGGCUACGCAGAGUGGUAUAGACUAUUCGCCAAGUUUUUCCAAGGCUUCAAAGGUGGCAACUACGAAGACAAGGCUAUCGAUCUGGAGAAAUAUGGUCUGCCGAAGGAGAACCUUGAUGUGGUCGUCAAGCAAGCAAUUGCUGAGUUGUAA